AGGAAACAUGUCGGCCGUCACGCUCAUGCUCCAGCAUUUGCAGAAGAGCAUGAAGGACACUUCCGUGUUAGGCAAUUUCUUGGAGAACCAGGAUCUUCCUCGCUGGCAUAAUCUUUCCGUCGAUCCUCAAUCGCUUUAUAAUGCAAUGGCCUUUAAUUUUAUGUCGGAAUUCCGAUCGUCUACUACGGCCAGGAGCAGAGUCUUAGCGGUGCUGCUGAUCCUUUCAACCGUGAAGCUUUGUGGCCGACAGGUUACCAGAAGACUACGGCGUACAACAUGACCGCCACUCUUAACCAGCUUCGCAACUAUCUUGUUCAGACAAGCUGGUUGAACUCUACAACACAAGUAUUGACGACCGAGCCUGACGGUAUUUCUAUCAUGAGAGGAAACGUCAUCACAAUUUUGACGAACAUUGGUUCGCCGCCGGCGAAUAUCAGCAUCAAGGCAUACACGCCUUGGGACAAUAGUUUCGCUUCCACAGACAUUUUCACGUGCACCCAAUGGGCCGUUGGUAGCAAUGGAACGGUGGAAGUUGAGUAUACUAAGGGCGGUGUUCCCGUCAUCCUGGUACCAGAUGCGAUCUUGAAGGGCGCUGCGAUGUACUUUGAGAACGCCGUGCUGUCCCUGUGUCAGCACCCUUCUUUCGAUCACGCGGACUUGUCGCCAUCGCAGGUCGCGAAGUUGUUGUCAAACCUUCUUGUCGCGCCGUCGCUCGAGUCGCCGACGCUGGACGCGACCCAGAGACAGGCGCUGAUCGCAGCGGCACAGGCGAAGUAUGGGUCGGAGACGGUUGCGCCCAUGUUGCACCAGAUUUUUCCGCGUUUGAGUCUACCGCCGGGCACGACCCUCGUUCAGGCGUUCAAUCAAUUUGGGCCUGAGAUUACAAAUGACGUAGACACUGUACGCGCACUAUUGCUUCGGUUCGGUGUGUCCGACUCCAACCCUCCACGGGACGCCCAAGUCAUCGAGUACAUGUCGACAUUGGCUCGGCAAGCGGCGGAGGGCUCGACUCUAGGUGACGUUAAUGCGUUUGUUAGAGCCCUAAGUAGUUAUUCUGUCCCUUUGAACUGGGCCAAUGCCAUCAAAGCAUUCGACAUCCCGGAUCGCAAUGGUGUUGAUACAGCGACUCUCAAGCUGCUGAUUGCCAUCUUGUUGAACAGUCCUCGCGAGGCUGAAGUACAUGCCGUGACUGGUUUCUGGUCAAUGUGGUCUAAUUCCUUGUAUCAAUUACGCCUUCUGGACGCUCUCCUUUCUCUCCCAGCCGACACUUUUAAUUUUGUUACGCUGCCUGGUCGGCGAAUUGUUACGAUGGAUGAUGUUACUAACGCCAGCCCAACGAUUAAGGCCCUCGCUGCGAACGUCCAGGGUCAUACCUGGAACUCCUUGGAUCUUUUCGAAGUGUUGGUCCGCCUGGCGGAUUCGGACUCCGCUGAUAUAAGGAAUUUCGUGCGGGAGAUGUUGGACAAAGCAGUCCGCAUAAGCGCGGAGUUAGUUCACAUGGGAUUGCUUGAGGCUCCUCAAUUGUCCUGGAACGAAAUCCGGCUGGAAUAUUCUCAGAAGCUCCUCAAUAUGUUCUUGGCUGGACACCCUAAUCACCAAUUAGUUUUCAUGCGAAUUUGGCAGAUUCAACCAACUUACCUCACCAACGCUUUCCGCGAUUUCUAUGAGGACAGUCCUCUUAACAUCACCAGAAUCUUGGAUGUUGCACAAGAUUUAAAGAUUUUGGAUGCUCUGUUAGAUGUCCGGCCUUUCGCUUUUGCGCUUGAUGUUGCGGCUUUGGCUUCUCGAAGAGAAUAUCUGAAUCUCGACAAGUGGUUGGCAGACAAUGUUACGGCUCAUGGUGCGGACUUCCUCCACGACGUGAUCGCGUUCUUGGACACAAAAAUGGAGAGCGAGAAAGCAACCAGGAUCUCGGAGGCGGCAGUUGACUCUCGGACCAUGACGCUGAAUCCAUUGACGAUUACCAUAUUUCUUCGCGUCCUCCGUAACAGUGCUAGUAUCAUGCACCCUAACGACGUCGACUAUUGCCUUGAAGUCCGCAACGCCUGCCUCCAGAUACACCCUCGCCUGAUGAACUUGAUUCCUGGCUCUGAUGCCGAGCCAGGCUUCUCCGUGGUCACAUAUGCAUCGGACAUUGAGGUUGAGGUGGAUGGUAUCUUCAAGCAGAUGUAUGACGAACACAUAACCAUCGACGAGGUGAUCGCCAUGCUGCAGCGCAACAAGAAUUCAUCCAAUUCCCGCGACCACGAAAUCUUUUCUUGCAUGCUCCACUUUCUCUUUGAUGAGUAUAAAUUCUUCCAAACAUGGUACCCUCCUCGGGAAUUGGCCAUGACUGGCUACCUAUUUGGGUCCAUCAUCCAGUACGAACUCGUUGACUACAUCCCUCUUGGUAUCGCCAUCCGAUAUGUCAUCGAUGCCUUGAAUUGCUCUCCGGAGACCAAUCUUUUCAAAUUCGGUAUCCAGGCGCUGUCGCGAUUCGAAUCCCGUCUCUCAGAGUGGCAGCCUCUAUGCCAGGCUCUGCUCAGCAUACCCCACCUGCUGGAAGCUCGCCCCGAUCUCGCUGCCAGCAUCCAGCGAGCCCUCGCCAACGCCAACGACAGCUCUAUUAACCCGGCGGAUAUGAGAGCCCUUUCCACUGCUCCCGCGGAACCCCUACCUGUAUUUAAUUCCAUCAAACCCGAUAAGUACGACGACGCCCUGGAGCCGCCUCCGGAAGAGGUUUCGGACAAAAUUCUCUUCAUUGUGAACAAUCUGGCCCCAACAAACUUUGACAGCAAGUUGGAGGACAUGAAGGGCUCCUUCAAAGAUGACUAUGCUCGAUGGUUUGCCAACUAUCUUGUCGAUCAGCGUGUCAGCACGGAGCCCAACAAUCAUCAGCUAUACCUUCGGUUCUUGGACGCUCUCGACAAAGGGACUCUUCUGAAGUUUGUCCUCCAGGAGACGAUUGCAAAAUCGGCGCACUUGUUAAACGCGGAAAAAACGAUGCAGUCGAGCUCCGAACGUGCGAUUCUCAAGAACAUGGGCUCUUGGUUAGGAACCAUCACGCUAGCCCGGGACAAACCGAUCAAGCACAAGAACUUAGGUUUCAAGGAGCUGCUCGUCGAGGGUUAUGACAACGGUCGACUCAUUGUCGCCAUUCCUUUCGUUUGCAAAACGUUGGAGCCCGCGGCGAAGUCGAAAGUGUUUAGACCUCCGAACCCUUGGCUUAUGGCGGUCGUCAGCUUGCUUGCGGAAUUGUACCACUAUGCGGAACUAAAGCUGAACAUGAAGUUUGAAAUCGAAGUGCUCUGCAAAAGCUUGGACAUCGAUCUCGAUACCGUCGAAGCCACCGCGGUCCUGCGUAGUAGGCCUUUCGGCGAUCCGAUGUCAGGGCCUGGUUUACCCGAUUAUGUUGGCGACAUAGACUCCUUGCCCAUGGGCGGCUACGAUCCAUCCGUCCAUAUGCAAGGCGGCUCUUCGUUGUUGGCCCUGGGAUCUGCUAAUGCUACCGACGCUCAGCGUGUAAUUGGAUCUCAAAUCGAAGUCAUCUUGUCGGAUCUCAUUCAGCAUGUCACCGUCAACGCUCAACUCGCACCUUUCUCCACCAACCACACCUUCAAACGCGCUGUUCAACUGGCUGUCGAUCGGUCUGUGCGAGAGAUCAUCCUUCCCGUCGUAGAACGUUCUGUGACGAUUGCGGGCAUCUCGACCCGCGAACUUGUAGCGAAGGACUUUGCAACGGAAGGAAACGAGGAAACACUGCGUCAAGCAGCGCACAGCAUGGCACAAAAGCUAGCUGGAAGCCUUGCCCUCGUCACCUGCAAGGAGCCGCUGCGAAGCAACCUGUCGAGCCAUAUGCGCCAGUUUUUGAUUGAACACGGUUUCAGUGAGCAAAUGAUCCCUGACCCGGUGGUUGUGAUGCUCGUUCAAGAGAAUCUCGACCUGGCCUGCCAAGCCAUCGAGAAGGCAGCCAUGGAACGUGCUAUCGCCGAUGUGGACGAAAGCUUUGCUCCUGCGUAUGAAGCUCGGCGACGUCAUCGUCAGACAAAUCGGGGUCAGAUGUUUUGGGACAGCGCUGCGCUUAAUUCCAACUUCUCUCAAACUCUACCGGAUCCUCUCAGGAUUAAACCAAGCGGAGUUCAGCCAAAUCAGAUCGGCGUGUAUGAAGACUUCGCUGGCUUGGACACAAAACGUCGCUGGGCGAGUCGGCCGUCGUCGACUAUGUCAUACUCUCGUCAUGAUCCACUGUCUUCAGCGAUGUACCCUUCGUCCCCGGUCAUGGAUCAGCCCCUCACAGUACCAACAGUGCCGUCUCAUCAGGAAGCUAUGGACCGGUUCGGUGCUUUGGUCAAGGAGCUAGAGGCUGUUUUGAUUCAACUCCCAAUCCAGUCUCUUGCUGCGUUGGCGUCCAAUCACGAAGUUCGUCACUUGGUUAGGCAAAUCCUUUACCUCGCUGCAGAGUCUCCCGAUCGCCACCGCACACCGCUGUUAAUCUCGCAGAAGAUUGUUCAACUUCUGUACAAGACUCCUUCUCAGUUGGCCCGGGAUAUCUAUGUGGCCCUAUUGGAUCAGCUGUGUCACUCGUUUGAAGAUGUGGCGAAGGAGGCGAUCACCUGGUUAAUAUAUGCCGAUGACGAGCGCAAGCUCAACAUCCCGGUCACCGUAACUUUGCUUCGCAGUGGCUUGAUCACUAUAGCUCAACAGGAUCAGCAGUUGGCUAAGCUACUAUCCGGGGACCAGCGUCCAAGCCUCCAAAACUUCGCUGCCGGUCUCAUCCGCGAAUGCCUUACUUGCGACCCUCCCCUUGCCUCCCAGAGUCAAUUUUCGUUCACGAUUGAGGUCCUCACGCAGAUUGCUCAGUCCGGGAAGGGACACGACGAGACCCACCGAUUGUUGGAAGAUCUCAGGGGUGUUCGCCGACCCUCGCAGUCAGAGACGCAACAACUUCGUGAAAAGCUCUUCAUCUGGUUCCAGCAAUGGGUCACCGUUUUCCAGCGCUCUCAUUCGCCGGAAAAGUCAUUCGUCGCCUAUAUCACUCAGUUGACAAAGCAGGGCAUUUUGAAGGCCGAGGACGUCUCGUCGUUCUUCUUCCGAGUGUGUGCAGAAUCUAGCGUCAACAGCUAUCUCAAGUGCAUGGCGUCAGGUGACUACGCCUACGCAUUCCAUGCUUUGGAUGCGAUGUCAAGGCUCAUUGUCUACAUCAUCAAGUACCACGGGGAUGCAUCCGGCGUCAACAACGACCAGGCGAAGGUUCAUUAUCUGACCAAGAUUCUCUCGAUCUUUGUCUUGGUGCUUGCUAACAUGCAUGAGGAACAAGGACCCGCGUUCCAACAGAAACCCUUCCUCCGCUUCUUCUCUAGCUUGAUCAAUGAUCUGCAUGCCAUCGAGGGUCAUCUCGGAUCAGUCUACUUCCAGCUACUCCUUGCCAUCAGUGACACUUUCAGCUCGUUGCAGCCGACGUACUUCCCUGGGUUUGCAUUCUCGUGGAUGAGUCUCAUUUCUCAUCGGCUGUUUAUGCCAAAACUUCUCUUAUCCGAAAAUCGCGAGGGAUGGUCGGCCUUCUACAAACUCUUACUCUCGUUAUUCAAGUUCCUCUCUCCCUUCCUCAAGUCUGCCGAAUUGCAGCAAUCGUCCCGCGACCUUUAUCGCGGGUCGCUGAGAUUGCUUCUUGUACUUCUCCACGACUUUCCCGAGUUCCUCAGCGAGUAUUACUUCAGCCUCUGCGAUAUGAUCCCGCCUCGCUGCAUCCAACUCCGCAACAUCGUCCUUAGCGCCUUCCCCCCCACCUUGACCCUCCCCGACCCGCACCUUCGUAAUGUCAAAUUUGAUUCGAUUCCCGAAAUGGGACCUAUACCUCCUAUCCUUUCUGAUUUCACCUCUGGGCUGAAGACUGGUGAUCUUCGCACUCACCUCGAUCAAUACCUCCUCAAUCGUGGUUCACCGUCCUUCCUUCCUUCUCUCAAAGAUCGUUUGAAGCAGUCACCUUCGGACGGAAUCUCGGAGACUUACAACUUGUCUUUGAUCAACUCUUUGGUCAUGUACAUCGGAGUGUCUUCGGUAGCUCAAGCCAAGGCCAGGAGUGGCUCCUCUCUGUUCAACGCUGGCGACCCUGGUGUGGUUGCCUUGAGAUAUUUGGCGACGAGCAUGGACACUGAGGGUCAACACCAUCUAUUGAGCUCCAUUGUCUUACACCUUCGUUACCCCAACGCGCACACCCACUGGUUUAGCUCACUCGUUCUCUACCUCUUCGUCGAAGUGAAGGACGAUAUGUUCAGUGAAGUUGUAACCAAGGUUUUGUUGGAGAGGUUCAUUGUUCAUCGCCCUCACCCGUGGGGUGCCUUGGUCACCUUCAUCGAACUUCUCCGCAACCCCAAGUACGACUUUUGGAGCAAAGAUUUUAUCCGGGCUGCGCCUGAGGUUACCCUACUUCUCGAGAGUGUGGCGAGGUCCAUAUUCCAGUCAUGAAAGAAUCGCUUGUCGUAGUUCUGCUCGCGCUAUCUGUCCCAUCUACAUUCGUGCAUUCUCUUCUGGGCUUUCCUAUUAUCUAUCACACACUGUAUUGUACCAUCAUUCCCUCUGUCAACGUGUUUAAAAGGCAUCCGCGUGAGACUCGAACUUUGAUUUUUAGGUCCUACGAUGAGUACUUACACCUAUAUAUCCCCUGUAUCACACUACCUACGUACGCUUCGUUAAUGGUGCCAAGAGACGACCUCUUUCCAGCUC